AUGCCUUUCACUAAGGAUCUCCUGCAUCCCUCUCCAGAAGAGAAGAGGAAACACAAGAAGCAGCGCCUGGUGCAGAGUACCAAUUCCUACUUCAUGGAUGUGAAAUGCAGAAGAUGCUACAAAAUCAUCACCGUCGUUAGCCAUGCACAAAUGGUAGUUUUUUGUGUUGGCUGCUCCGCUGUCCUCUGUCAGCCUCCAGGAGGAGCAAGGCUUACAAAAGGAUGCUCCUUUAGCAGCACUAAAACUGUGUCUACUGAAAGUCGAUUAACUGAGCUUUUCAUUUGA